AUGGACGAUGAAGAUCUGAAAAAGCUUGCAUUAGGGAAAGGCAUUGUACCAGACUGUUUGUUGGAGCAGAAAUACUACUUCAAGCACGAUAAGGCGAAACUCAAGUACCGGUAUCCAUUUCCCACCUCCUUGCCUUAUCGAGGCGAACAAGAAGCACCGUCGUUACAAACAGCGUAUCUCUUUGCCAGAACCGAGCGUGCUUACAUGUGCGGCCAAACCAUAUCGCCUACGCGCGUACGGUACAAACGUGAUGGGUACAGUUUUUCCAUGUGGCUCAUACGGUCAAAUGGUCAACAUGUUGGCUACAUACAACUCCACAACAGCAAGGACAUGGAAGCAUUUGAGUCAUCCGCAAGCCUGCGCUCAAUGGAGCUUGUGGCAACUUGCAAAGGAUACACCGCGAAUGUAUCAGUAGUCGGAGAAGAUUGGAACGUGUUUCCAAGCGAAGAAGGAACUAAUGAACAACGUCGUAUCGGAAGGCAUCUUUUCAGAACACCCAAGGCAUGCUACUUCGUACUAUGGAUCGAGUGGAUCGAUGGUGUUGCUUACCGGAAGGCAAGCGGCGCGGUUGCUGCAGAGGCUUGGGAGCAAGAUAGAGAGAAAGAGCUUGUGGAUCUUAUCCUAGGGUGA